GGAGACAACUAUACCUUGGUUGAUGAAACGUCCAGCUUAGAAUACGCCAAACACUUCCCAGUAUACUUCACUGUGAAAGUUGCACAAAAGGAUAUGGAAACGAUUAAGGAGAAACUGGAAAGUGUAUGGUCCGUACACAAAGGGUGAGAAUCAACGUAAGCAUUGAUAUCUCUGUACAAAAGGAAGUUAUUGACAAGACAGGGAAAUCCUACUGGGAGCUUGUAUACUUCGUUUCCACCAAUGACACAAAGGAGACAGCAGCUGUACUGGACUCCAGGGUAGAAGAAUACAAGAAUGUGACCACUCUCCUAGCUGUAGGCAUCGUCAAUGUGACAGACGUAAACGGGCAGUCCUACAAGGUGAUGAAGUCUGUGGACCAUCUAUUCCGGGCAGAUCAGACGUUCAGUCUGUUCCUCAGUGCCAAGUUUGGCAAGAAGGAAGAACUGAAAUUCAAAGAAACAAUUGAGGCAGCAGUCAGAAAACAGCUGAAGGUUACGAUGAAUACAAGCAUCACAGUGAAUGUCCUGAAACACGAAGAAGUAACAACGGGAUCAUACGAGAGCGCUUGGAAGUACCUGUUCUCAGUCAAGGUGGAUGGACGGAUUCUAAACCCAAUGUCUUCCCUGAACGGUUCUUGGCCUCACUUUGACCUGGUGACCUCCACUGGGCACCGUGUCACUACACUGGUCAAUCAAACAGAGACUUCUUACUACAACUUCCGAAACAGCUUCUCAUUCUACUUGGAGAAGAAUGUAUCUUUCUCCUUCUGGUCUGAGAUAAAGGCAGCCCUCAACAGAUCGUGGUCGACCAUUGACGAGUACAAGACAUGUGCAUGCCUGGAUUUUGAUCUUGGGUCCAUACAUGAGGUUAUAGACAGCAAAGGAAAAACAUUCUACAAGGUCCUGUACUUCAUGAAACAAAAUGCUACAAUGGUUGAUGCCAUGACACACCGGAAGCUGAAUACCACCAUCUUGAAAUCGGAACUGAAGGACAUCCGGUCUGUUCAGGGUCAGCAUAACACUGUAGUGGAAGUGACCGGUGAUGUGACCACCAGGGAACAUUCUCUGUUUGGAUUCUUCUUGAAGGCGAUGGUCAGGAUCGACCACUGGUCGAGGAUGGAGAAAACCAUUGAAAAGACUUAUACAAUGGACAACAACACACAAGAAUGCUGUACCUCAGUCCGUCUUCUGAGGCAAAUUCCAUUCAUAACUAUCAACGGACAGAUGUUGUGGAAGGUGGAAUAUCAGCUUCUGAGGCAAAAUAUUACACUGGAUGCUGAGGUUACCACUGGCGUCAACGUCACCUCCCUCCAAUCAGAGAUCGAUGUUACUUUCGCGUCCGGUUAUGUCAUAGAGGAAGUUCAACAGCGCCAACUGAUCGACUAUCGUAACAAAGUGGAACUAUAUUUCUCUGCACCAAUUGCGGAAGAACACUUUACUAAAAUCAAACAAGCUGUCAACAUUUCAUACGCUGUAUCUGUCACUGACAUUCUCAUCCUAAGCAACCAGGAAGUGAUUGACAUCUCUGGGAAUUCCUUCUGGGAGCUUUCAGUGUUCAUUUACGAAGGAGAUAAGGAUAACGUAGUCCCCUAUGUUCCCGGGUGGGGUCUUGCAAGGGUUACGGUCAAUAUGACCCUACUGAUGACAGAGGUGAAGAAUCUGAAGAUUGCUGGUGUCCAUGGAUACGUAGAGAUGUUGGAAAAAACUGGAGAGGGAUUGCGGCUCUACGAACAGAGCCUCAGCAUACUGGUGAAGAGCGUCAUCAAAACUGUGGACAUCGUCAGCAUAUCAGAGGCACUGACACACCUGUGGAAUACAACGUUAAGAGAGUCAGUACAGGAGACAACAGCUGUCACCGUGGAAGUGUCCAGACAGGAUGAACUUGUUGACAUAGCCGGGAAUACUAUAUCAAGACUUGUUUACUUCCUCAAAAUUGGCGAGGAAACUGUAACUGCAGGGGAAGUCCCAUCCCAGAACAAAACAAGAAUACAGGCAACUCUGACGUCACUAUUUAAGGAGAAGUAUCAAGUUGUCAUGGAAACUGAAUUGACGUUGUUGCGAUAUGAAAGUUUGUUUGCGUUCUACAUGGCAUCGCCGGUUCUGCUGCAAGACACGCACGAGUUCCAGGAUAGGUUGGAAGUGGCCUGGAAGAUCAAGUUUGAAUCGAACAUCAUGGUUAAUGUUACUUCACGAAUACGAAUACUCCUACAAGAAGAGUUGACUAAUGGAACCGCGGAAAGCAAAACGUUAUGGAGAGUGCUAUACUCUCUGGAAAGGGACUCAAAACUCGUUGACGCACGGUCAGAGAUCGGUCUCAGUGUAAAUGAGGUCAAGGCCGUUCUAGACACCGAAUUCUACACGACGUCCACCAACUAUUCUGGCAUCCUCCUGGACGUGACUGUUGUUGAGACCAUGUACCGCUACACUGACCUCUUCUCCCUGCAUAUCAAGCACAGAGUGGCCAGCAUAGACUAUAUACAGUUCGAGACAUCUCUCGCGGCGUUCUGGAACCACACCAUGACGGGUGCCGUGGUUUCAGUAUGUAAACAAGAGGAAGAGCUGGACUCUCACGGUGAGUCAGUAUGGAAGCUCUCAUACGUCAUAAAGAAGAACAACACAGUGGUGUCGUCACAGAAGAUAGUGCAGGCCUCGGCAGACGUCAUAAUGAAGAACGUGAACGUCACGAGCCCUCGUGGUAUGACGUAUACAAUAGUUGACGUCACGGAGACGGUGAGAAUCGAGGAAGUGUACCAUCUAUACGUCACUAGAAAGGUGUUUCGUGACGACGUCACUCAUUUUACAGAAACUCUGCAGGAAACAAUCAAAGACAUUGUUCCAGAAAACAACUUAACUGGCGUACAAGUUGAAUGGAAGGGACAGACCCAGUUUAAACAUAUAACGGAUUCAAAGCUGACGGCAUGGAGGCAGCUAUUCCUCGUCAAGAUGAACAAUAAAUAUAUUACACCCCUCAAUUACGGUAGUCUCAACAAGGAAAAGAUAACUCUCAACUUUACGUCGAUCAGGGGAGAUUACUACGAUUUGAUUAACAGUUCUUCUCUGUCCGUUCAUUAUGCUCGCGCUGACGAGCAGUUCAGCAUCACAGUGAUAGGUCAUAUCCGGACCAAAGACCAAGCACUUUUGAAGACGGCGAUACAGACCUCAUGGAACAAGACAUACAUUAAUGACAGUGUCACCAUCAACAUCCAGUCAACGGAGGAAUACAUAGGAGACAACAGUAUUGUGGUUACCCGACUGUCCCUGUUCGCUGUGAGGGGGACCAGUGUGAUUGAUCCAGACACCAUGAUUACCCCCUCCAUACACGAGGUUCUUGAUGCCAUUAGUUCAACAAAUGGCCCUUCUCUUGUGGCGUACACUGGGACGACGGCAAUCAGAUACGAGUCAUGCUUCACAUUAAUGGUUAAAGGAACUCUUAAAAUGGCACAGCAGACAAAUCUUCAGAACGUUCUUAAGCAGGCAUGGCAGUCAAAAACAGGUGUGAACGUCAAAAUAGAGAUUCUUAUCCACAAGACAGAGAAAUUCGUCGGUGAAUUCGGUGUUGAGCUGACCCAGGUGUUAUACACAGUAAGAAUCAACGAGCGACUCUCCCAAACUGAUGACGACGUUCCACCAUCCAGUACUGAUAUCGAAGCUUAUCAACCGGAUGCAAUGUCAUCUUGGAAAAUGUAUUCUGGGAAGGUUGCCUUCAGACUUGAAGCAAUGUAUAGCAUCAAAGUGGAGUCCCUGAUGACAAGAGAGGUAACAUCACAGCAACUUGUCAAACUGGAAACGGCUCUGCUGAGUGUAUGGACACAACAGCACAGAAAUGACUGUCUAUCCUGCCAAAUCCGUGUUGUUAGUGGGACAUCAUAUCGUGGCUAUAACAGCAGCUCUGCUAUUGUACGUGUAACCGAAGUGUCCUACACUGUCACGAGAAAUAGUGACGUCAUCACCCCUUGGGUCAUGAGUUCUCCAACGAGAGCAAACAUAGCUGGUAACAUCGACAGCCAAUCAGCGGGCGUGUCUGUGUGGCUGCGACCUACCUACAAAGUUAGAGAUCUGUAUUUGAUUGGCUACACCUCCAAGAUCGACAUGGAUAGGUUACGGACGGGCAUCCACAGCGCAUGGUUGGGUAGCCUAGGGCAAUCGACAAAUGUGUCUGGUGAGAUCAGUGAUGUUAAUGUAUACGUCGAUAAACAGUGGCAGAAGCUCACAAAGGUUCAGUACUUUGUGUCUCUCAACUCCACCGACCCCGACCAACUGACGCGGUCAGCACCGUCGACUGACGAGGUUAGCCACGCCCUCAACAACACCGGCAUACAGCAACAUCCCUGCAGCUGUGAGGGCCUGAAGCUGAGGAAGAUGCAUGUGAAGGGAGCCAGGGUAAACUACACAGCUGCAGCUGCUGCCCUGAAACAGGCGUGGAUUGACAAGAAUAAUGCAUCUUCUAGUCUGGAGACCUCCCUGGAAGUGAAUCUGAAACAGCUGCAGAUCACGAGAACCCGCCGAGCUGCCGCACCAGCUGUAGAAUUAGUCGAUGACCAAGGGAAACCCGUAUCGCGAGCUGAUUACACAGUGUCAAUAGAUGGACAGGACCCAGAACCAUUGUUUGUCCAGCCUCCUUCCCAGGAUGACCUUGACCGAAGUCUCAAGGCCAACGGAAUAGAGAACUGCAACUGCCAGCCCGGCAAAGUUGGCCACGUCAAGCUGAAGGGCACCACCAAAGAGGUCGAGAAGAAGGACGUUGCUGAAGCUGUCAAGGACGCCAUUGCAAAGUCCAAUCCAGAUGUGAACCCUGCAGAUUUGGACGUUCAGAUUCUUGACGUUGAUAAUCACGACGAAAAAGGUGGACCUGUCUCUGACAUCAAAUAUGCAGUCCGUCGCCAUGACAACGAUGAACUAGAGGCUUUGUCAUCUCCUUCUGAAGCUCAUCUUAGUGAGGCUCUAAGGGCAAAAGGAAAAGCCUUGGCUAACACAGAAGAAACGUCACAAGUACCACCGCCAGCAGAGAACACUGACUGGCAGGUGCCCACCGCGGUUCUUUGUUCACUGUUUGCCUUCAUUGUUAUCUGCAUUGCCGUCUUCUACUUUGUUUAUGUGAGAAGACGUAGGAAGAAUGCUGACUUGAAGGAAGCCGAAGAAAACAUUGAAAACAAUAUACAUAAUGAGGAACAUUUUGCAAAACCGGUUGUUUUUAAUAACCCUAUGUAUGGAACUCACCAAGCUAAACACGUGACUGUUGGAACGGAGGGACUUUAAGGAAUCAAUUCAGCUUGGAUACAUUACACCAGUGAAGAUUAACUACGGGGACCACGUAUUCACCUAGAGAAAGACUUUGUAUUGUCUAGUGUUGUGAAUGAACAUAUGCUGAUAUGUACAGUGUGGAGUAUAGGCAUUUAAACAGAUAUAUUGAAUACAUAGUUUGAAAAGCUCUUGACACUUCUCAUCGUGUUCAUCAUACUUGUAAGUAAAACGACAGAUGAAUGUUAAUGGUCUGUUGUAUGGUGUAUAUAUACUUCUCAUCAAAAGUUUAGACUCACUAGUGUAAAUAUAGCCACUUACUUCAGGCAACUGUUCUAAACUAAAGUUUGCAAAAUAUUCCAUGCUGUUUAAAGGUACUGUUUGCACAUGGACUGAUGUAUUGUAAAACAAAUUCGUAACGUUGAAAGGAUUGUUGUCAUGAGUUCAGUAAAUGAUAAAAAUCAGCGAAAAUUGGUGAAAUCUUAACACAAACUUCACACCACACCGCAGCUGUUCACAGGCACGAUAUUAGCACAUGCUUUUCAGCAAUUUGAUGCAUGAUCCUCGUGCAAUUCAUCUGCAUAAGGUUUGCAGUUGGUUCCCCCAAGGUAAUGGAGAAAUCAAUCUUCGAUGUAACCAUAAUAUAUAUCCAUAACAUAUAUCGAGUGCUUUAAGUGAGUCUAAACUUUUGAAGAGAAGUAUAUUAUAAACAGUAUGGUUGUAAAUGAUAGAAGAUGUCGUUAGAUAAGUAGAAGUAUUUCCUUGCUACAGUGAAAGCAGUGUCCGGGUAGAUGUGCCGCGGUAUAACGGGGUAGGGAUCAGCCAGUAUAUGUCAGAUACAUGUUUUUCUGUAUUUCAUUCCACUAGUGCAGUACCUUCCCGUUCCCCUUUAAUUUCACUUGAUGGUUUAACGGGGAUAUGUAUGAAUCGUCUUAAAACAGAAAUACUGUAUAUAUUAUCUGUGUGAAUGAAUGUAUGUGACUAUUUAAAAAUAAAUUUUGCCUGUUUUGUGAUUUACCAAUGCUGCCAUACCCAGAAACCGAACUAGUUUCUAUGAACAUUUUGAACUUGUGUAAAUGAUACACAAGGCUGUCUUCCUGCAGUAGACACGUGUGCAACUGGUGUAAUGGCGUGAGUGAUAAACCUCGUGGUUAAGUAUUGUAUAAUGUUAUAUUUGUGUAUAGGCAAAGAGUCGUGAUGUAAACAUGUAUGGGUAACGCCAAUUCUGUAUGGGCGAAGAGUUGACGUUAUAUAACCAGGUGAAAUAUCCCAAAGCAUAUUUAGCUCCUUGAAUACAAUUAUCUUGUAAAACUAUUGAUUUAUGUUUACAAAGGAAUGAAGUAUUUACAGCUUAUUUCAGGCAGAACUGAGACUUUUAAAAACGGAACAUUUUAGCGCUUAGAAGAUUGAGUAGUGUGGACAUGGGGAAGAAUCAAUUCUUGGCCAUACAGAAGGGUUUUAUCCAGAUCAGGUGGAUAGUGAGUAGUCCUGUAGCACGUGUCCAGUGCUUGGCCAUACAGAAGGGUUUUAUCCAGAUCACGUGGAUAGAGAGUAGUCCUGUAGCACGUGUCCAGUUGCUAGUACUUCCGGUACAGAAUCAUGCAAUAUAUGUUUGAUCAUUGAUUCUUCCGAGACUUUCCUGUAUCUGUAUCCGUAUCUGUAUCUGUAUCCAUACUCAUCUAACAUUGUACAUAUGUAUAUUAUCUUUACAGAUGGUUAUAUCACAUUACAUGUUCUUACAUUACCCAAUGAUAUGGCACUGACAGAUGGAUUGUUUCAUGUAAGCAUAUAUUUUUAAGAAAUGUAUCCAGGAUCACGUUUUGUAAUAUCAACUAAAUGUCUCGAAAAUUGAAAUGUUAAUUUUUAUAAAUUGUACUAAUCACAAGAUGAAAUUGACAGAAGAUACAUGUUAUUAAAUAAAAUGUCGAAACAGAAUAAAUGAUGUUGAUUGUUUGCAA